AUGAAAUUGUGGAUUGAAAUUUUAUUGGAAUGGCUAAAUUCAUUAGAUGUAUUCGGAACGAAUAUUAAAGAUUUGAAAGAGUUGGAUAAUGGGAAAUUUUACAAGAAAUUAAUAGAAUUAUUUUCAUGGGAAGGUGCAAAAGAUAAUUUAGACACAGAAAAUGUUAUAAUUAACUUUUUACAAAAUGAAUAUCCAAAGUAUAAGUUUGAUGACAAAAAUUUUGGAGAAAUGGAACAAGCUUAUAUUGCAUCUUUAUUUUUAUUACGUGCGUCUCAAGAACCAUUAUUUUAUCGUCCUAUGUGUAUUAAUUUACAACACGAAACACAGUUUAAAAUUAAAUCAUUUCUUGAAAUGAUUAUUCCAUAUGGAAAAGAUAUAAACAGAGAAACAUUAAAAGAAAUAAUUGUUGAAAUAGAAGAUGAUGUAUCUAAAACACCUAAAACACCAAAAAUAAGAUCUUUUAAGGAUUUUUUUAAUUCUCCUGCAACAUGGUCUGCUCAAAGUUAUAAAAUAUUCAGUGAAAGAAAUAGAGAAAUAAGAAAAUUGAAAACUGAAUUGGAAGUAGAAAGAUUUGAAAAAGCUGAUUUACAAGAAGAUUUACGAAUCCAACAAACCAAAGUACAAAAUCUACAGAAAAAAUUACAAGAAAAGAUUACAGAAAUAAAAGCUUUAAAAGAAGAAAAAAUGAAACCAGACACUCCACAAUCUUGUAAAAAAAGUAAAGAUACAGCAGAAUAUGAGCAAUAUUACAGAAAGGAAAUAGAUCAUUUAGAGGAUAAACUAAUGCAAAAACAAUGUGAGAUAGAAAAGCUUGAAGCAGAUAAUAACAUUUUAACAAAAAGAUUGGCAUGUGUAGAAAUUCACUGUACAUAUUUUAAAGAAAAGGUAGAAAAUUGUGAAAAAUCUUUAGAAAAUAUGCAAAUUCAGGAAGAAAUUAAAGAUAGAGAAUUAAUAAAUUUAAGAAUGACCAACGAAGAGUUACGCACACAUUUAAAGGAACUUAAUAAAACAGCAGUUGAAGAGCAAAGUUUUGAAAUUGAUGGGAUAGCUCCUUUAAAUUCAUCUCUCACUUCUCUAAACACCAGUGAAGUUUUAAGUUCUGUAAUUGAUAUUCAAUUACAAGAAGCAAAAGAAGAAUCUGCUUUACUAAAAAUUCAACUUGAUACUGUAAAUCAAAAACUAGAAUCUAUAAGUCAUGAAUAUGAAAGUGCAACAGAACUGUUAAAAGAAAAAACACAAAUAUUACAAGAUACACAAAUAAAAUUAAAUACAACUACACAUAAGUUGACAAAACAAAUUGAAAUCUUACAGGAAAAAAAAGAGGUUUUAGUAAAUGAAAAUAGAAAUUUAGAAAUAUUAUACAACUCUGAAAAAGAAUCCUUGUCAUAUGUUAAAAAAUGCCAAAGUACAUUAGAUAUUGAAGUAAAAAUUCUGAGGGAAAAAAAUAAAAAUUUCGAGGAAUUAUUAAAUAAAGAAAAUAUGAAUAAUAUUGAAUUAAAUACUGAGAUUAAAGAAAUUAAGUCACAGAUACAGGAAAAUCUUAAAUAUAUUCAAGAUUUAAAAGAUCAAAAUAAUGCAUAUAAAACUUCUGUUGAUUUGUAUUAUUCCAAUUUAAAAGAGAUUAUAUUUCAUAAUUCAGAAACUGAUUGCAUUAAAGAUAAUUUAGAUAAUAAAACAACCAUUGAACUUAUAGAACACCUACAAACAAUAUUAUGCAAUUUUAACAAAAGGUAUAUUUCAAAACAAAUGGAAUUAGAUUCGUUAAAUGAAAGGAUGGAUGAACUUAAAUUGAAACUAGAAGUUUCUCAAUCACUAAUAUCUAAAUUGGAAGAGAAGGAUGAACAGAAUUUUACUGAGACAUCAAAAUUAAAUAAAAUAAUUGUAGAAAGUAUAGCCAAAAUUAAUGAACUUACUACAAUUGUAGAAAAAUAUUCUAAAGAAAUUUCGUAUUUAAAACAAAUUGAAAUCCAAAAACAAGGUUUAGAAGCAGAUUUGUGCAUAUUUGAAGAAGAAAUAAAUAAGAAAGAUGCGCUAUUAAAAACUUCUUUAAUGUGUCUACAGACAUUUAAAAAAAAGAUCCAAACAUUUGAAGCAGAAUUUUAUUUAAUGAAAGAAGAUAUAUUGAAGCAGAUAAACGAAUAUCAAAAUUAUAAUGAGAAAACCAGUCAAGAUAUUUUAAAUAUUUAUAAAGUAUUGUAUACUAAUUAUACUGAAGAACAAAUUUGCAAAUAUCAACUUAAAAACGAACUUGCUGAUAGUAAAAAGAAAUUAUCAGAUAGUAAAAGUUUAAAUGUUACAUUAAAAAAUGAUUUAACAAAUAAUGAACAAAUAAUAAAUCAUUUACAAACAGAAUUAAUGUAUACUAAAAAGAAAUUAAUGGAAUCUGUGCAAAAAUUGGAAAAAUUUGAAAAAACAGAAGAAGAAAUUUUAAAACAAAAUGUAGAUUUUAAAUCUGAAAAUGAAAACAUUUUACUUGAUUUAAAUGAUAUAAAUGAUAAGUUAAAAAAAACUCAACAAGAAAUAUGUAAUAUGUCAAAUCAAUUAAAGUCUAAAGACGAGAAAGUUGAAAAUCUAACAGAAGAAAUUACUUCCUUGAAAAUAGAAAAAGAACACAUAAUGCAGUUACAAAUAGGAGAGGAAAUUAAAAUGAAAAAUUUUAUAAAAGAUCUGGAAACAAAGUUAUUAGAAAAACAAUGUAAUUUAGAUCAUUUAAAUAGAAAAGUAAACUUAAAACAAGAAGCAUUGGAACUUAUGCAAGAUAAAUUUGAAAAGUUAUUAAAAGAAACAGCUACAUCUGAAACAAAACUGAAGGAAAUAAUUAUGAAUUUGCAAGAAGUAAGAAAUAAUCAAGAUGAAGUUUUAAAAACACAAGAGAAAGCUUUAACAAAAAAAUGUUCACAAUUAGAAAAAGAAUUCAAUGAAUCAAAAACAGUAUAUUGUAAACAACUGGAAAAUCAAAAAUUAUUAUAUAAGAAUCUGCAAAGUAUGAAGUCUGAAUUACAAACAGAAUCUUAUAAACAAACAAAAACAAUUGAAGAAUUGCAACAAAUGUUAAAAAGAGAAAGAAAUGAACUUAAUAAAAAUAAAGAAUCCUGUAAAGCUGAAGAUGCAGAAAAAUUGAAAAUGAUAGAAGUAUGUGAAAAAUUACAACAUUCAAUAAAUGAUUUAAGAUUAACAAUGGAACAAGUAAAUACAAAGAAUGGAUAUUCUUAUGUUAAUGUUAUAAAUAAUGUACAGUGCAUAAACAAUGAUAAUAAAAUUGAAAAUAUUUUACAAACUAUAAUUACAUCUAUUGAUGAAAUGCAGAUAUCACGUGAAUUAAUUUUAAAACUUUCAAACGAAAAUGCAAGUUUGAAUAAAACUUUGAAAAACCAAAAGGUAAUUAUAAAUGAUUAUGUUGCAAAAUAUGAAGAAAUCAAAUUAACAGAAACCAAGAUUCAAGAACUGAGUCAUUUAAAAGAAAAACAUAUCAAAUAUAUAAAUAUAAUUAUAAAACAUAAGGAAUCAUUGACAGAUUGUUUAAGAAAUAUUAUAAAGUCAAGAGAAAAUUUAGAUGCAUUAUUAAAUGAAUUAAAACAAAGAUGGGAUAACUUGUUGACAAAUACAUGUAAUGUUUUUGUAAUGGAUACAUCUCUGCACAGUGAGUUAAAGUAUAUACAAAGUAAAAAAAUAUACUUAGAAAAUAAAUUAUUUAAGCAUUAUAUUUGUCAUUUUCAAAACAUAAAACCCUUACAAAAUAUUUUAUGGAACAAAUUUUUAUGGGUCGAAGAGAAAUUUAAAGAUAUUUAUAUGGAAACAAAAAGUGAACAAAUAUUAGAUAUUUCGUCAGAUUUUUUUUUUGAUGAAAAAAAAAUAAUUGAAGCAGAAUUACACAAAAAUAAAAUAUUGCAUGAAGAUAUUGUUCAAUUACAGAAUGAGAUAGAUAAUUUUUCAAAAUUAGUUAUUUCUUUCGAAAAUAACUUCAAAUGUAAUGAAAUAAAAUUUCAGUCUGAGUCAAAGGAAGAGUUAAAGUUACAAAUUAAUGAAUUGAUGGAAAAUAAAAAUCAUUUAAAAACUAAAUUAGAUUGUGCUCGCAUAAAAAAUGCAAAAUUAGAAGAGGAUAUUGGUAAGUUUAGCAUUAAAAUAGAAGGAAUGGAAAUAACAUCACUGAAAGAAGUAGAAGAGUUAAAAAAGGAAUUAAUCCAACUGAAAGAACAGAAUUUAAAGCUUCAAGAGGAAAAGAUUGAAUUAAGCAAACGACCAACAAAAGAGGACGUCGAUAAUCAGUUAAAAGAUAUUCAUGAUAAAUAUAAAAUUAAAGUAGAUGAAAUUAAACAAAACAUGAAAAUAGCAUAUAAUGAACAAAUAGCUAAGCUAAACAAAGAGCAAGAACAAUGUGUACAAGAAAGAUUGGAACUAUUACAAAGAAAAAUGGAAUUACAAUGUCGCAAACAGGCAGAUGGAUUAAGUAAAUAUAAGACACAUGUUGCUAGUUUGAGUUCACAACUUUGGAAUGUUGGAGAAAAGCUGUUAAGUGAGCAAAAAGAAAAGGAAAAGUUACAGAAGGAAUUAAUUGAACUGAAAACUAAAUAUCAAAAUUUAAAUCAGGAAAUUGUUUCUUUAAUAGAGCACAAAAAUUCUAAACGUGACAAGGACUUGUUAGGAGAAAAUAAAGAAAUUUUACAUAAAAUUGCAGUAAUACAAGAAAAAACAAUAUAUGAACGAAAAUGUAGUAUUAAGAGCAUACAAAAAAUGGGUAAUGCAUUUAAUGUAGAGGAUGAAGAAGGAGAAGUAUUUGAUAAUAUCUAUUUAGGUGAUAUGAAAGAUGAUAAUUUUUUGAACAGCAUUGAUGCAGAUAGAUUAUCUACUUUAAAAAGAAGAAAUGCUCUAUGUAAACCUCAUUUGAAAUCCUCUUACCCUGCUGAAAUGCAAUUUCAUCCUCUACCAUUUACAGAAGAAGAAAUUAAAACAGGUUCACUGCCAGAUGAAAUAUUUAAUGAUAGCUUAAGUCAGAGUUUACUUCCUGAACAAAAAACUAAGAAAAAAGAUAGAACUCAGAUAUCCUAUAAAAAACCUGGACCUCCAACCCCCAGUAAAAAUGGAGGAAGAUUAUCAUUACAGGGUAAUGAAUUAAAAAGUCCAAAUUCAAAAAUACUAAGAGAAAGAAACAAAGACAGAGCAACAACAACACCACGUACAUUGAAAAAUUUAUUUAUUUCACGACGUCAUGAUGAAAAUAUUAUAGUUACUCCAAGAGGUCGUAGAAAAAGUAACAUUUUUCAUAGAUACCGUAGUGCAAGUGACAGAUGA